AAACACACUUAUUUAGCGACAUUCUCAAACUAAUUAUAAUUUCAAUUUAACAAUCUCUUGCACAACGGUUACAUUACGUAACUGUGUGGAACGAUAACUCUUAGCAACCUCCGCGCAGAGAUUUGACUGGAACCAGCUUAUGUGCUUAUGGAACGACAACUCUGCGUGGAGUUUGGGAGAUUAGCUGAACGUGCUCGAUUGUGUCCAUGGUGUAGGUCGAUUUCCAGGUGCGAAUAAUACAAAUUACAGAAACGUUGCAUUCUGGUGACCACUUCCGAACGUUUCUGCAACGUUGCACGCGAAGCUUCGGUCGAACUUUUGAGAAGUAUGUUGCAACAACGUUGCUUCUAGAUUCCAGCCUUCAAUUAGAUUUGACACCGUUAACAAUGUCGAAGUUGCAUACGUAUAUACUGGCGGUGGCAGUGCUUCUGUGUGCAGCAAGAGUUGUCUCCUCUGAUGACAAACUUACACCAAGUCCUGUCAGCCCUGCAAGUUCUACUUCCAUUUCACCAACACACAAUGCAUCAUCAACUGUAAACACAUCAAACACUAUUUUAGCAAGUAAAACAACAAACCUAACAACCACUUUACCAACACACAAUGCAUCAUCAACUGAAAACACAUCAAACCUAACAACCAUCCCAUACUCAGUAACCACUACUACAAAACCAACAAGCGACACAACCACUACUACAAAAUCAACAACCAUCACAAUCACAACAACCACCAACAGAACAAUCACCAACACAUCAACCAUCACCAAUGCAACAACCCCAACUACAAAACCAUCAGCCACCACCAACGCAACAACCCCAACUACAAAACCAUCCGCCACCACCAAUGCAACAAUCCCAACUACAAAACCAUCAGCCACCACCAACGCAACAACCCCAACUACAAAACCAUCAACCACCACCAACGCAACAACCCCAACUACAAAACCAUCAGCCACCACCAAUGCAACAACCCCAACUACAAAACCAACAACCCCCAUCAUUCCAACAAAUACCUCUAACACAACAACUGCAAAUACAAAACCAACAAACAACACAAAUACAACAACCACAACACAUUCUCCAUCUAAUGGGUCAUCGUCCACAGGAAAUGCUUCUGAAAAACCAAGUCCCAAGGAGCUAUCAUCUUCUAAUAAUGGGACAAAGGUGACCAUAGCUGUUGUGGCUACAUGUUUGGUGGUGUUUUUCGUCAUUUUUGGUGGCGUGUGUUUGUUCAUGCGAAGGAAAAGGAGAUAUUUUGGACAAUUUCGGAUGGCACGACUUCGAGAGGAAGAUGAGGACGAGGGGAACACAUUUUCCGCCGACAUGGAAUAGACCUGAGAGUGAUAAGAUUGUGAGGAGUGAUUUUAUGGUUUAUUGAAUGAUUUGAUUGUGUAUUGAGUUAUUGUGUAUUGAGUUAUUGAGUAUUGAGUAUUUGAAUGUGUAUUGAAGGCUCAAGAGAGAUUGAAUUUUGUAAGUAUGGAAUAAACCUAAGAAGCCUUUUUUAUUAAUUGAGGGAUUUAAUUGUGCUAGAGAGGGAUUGAAUUUUGUAAUAUGGAAUAAACCUGAGAGUGAUUUGAUUGUGUAUAUCAACAGGACCUGAGAGACAUUAAAAAUUGUUAAGAUGAAAAAAACAUGAGACUGAUUGGAUUUUUAACAUAGAAAAGUUCUCUAUGGAGUUAUUUGAUAAGAUACCAAUAGGUCAAUGGUCUUAUCUUUGGGGCUGAACAAAUACUGAUUAUUAGUGCUUAUGUUUAAUGUUUCAAUGAUGAAUGUAUUUAAGAAAUUUGUGAUCAUAAACCAUGAAAAUUGUUGUAUAUUUUUAAUGAAUUUGAUGAAAAGACCUGGUACUCAAUAGUUAGUUUUCUACAACAAAGACUUCAUUCAUAUGUAUUAUAAAUUCUGACAAAAAUUGUAACCCUGAUUAUUGAUGACAAUUAUUUUUGUAUGAACAUUUCAUAUAUUUUUUUUAAUAGUGAGUUUAUGUUAUUUCAGAGGUCAAAAAUAUAAACCGGAAAAGCAGAACUUGACCUUAAUCAGUAGGGUCACUAAACAAAGAUGUGUUUAAUUAUGUGUAUUUUUUAAGAUCCUUCAAAAUUUAGUAAGUUAUUCUGUACUAUUCUGAACAAAACUAUAGCUGUCUUAAAAAUGUUUUAUUGGUUUGUGACCAACUAAUGAUGAUAAGCAAUCAUACUUGUAAUUUGUACAGUGUUAUUUUAAACAAAGAUUGUUUGGAAAAAAAAAUUGUGCUUACACAUGUAUAUAAUUUGAGCCGCAUAAUGCAAAAGUGGGUCAUGUGGCAUAUCAGCCAUCUUAGCCAUAAAGUUACUAAAGAUUUCUUGGUCUCAUUAGCGGACACGGAAGUUGCGCAAAUGUGCGGGGCUGGUAAGAAGCUUUGCGAGUCGCAUUUGGCUUAAGACUUAUUUUUGCAUUAUUUGGCUCAUUUGUUGCUUAUGUUAUUUGUUAGCUAUUUAAGUGCUUUACAAACUUUUGAGAUUGUUAAGACCUAUUUGUUAGCUAUUUAAGUGCUUUACAAACUUUUGAGAUUGUUAAGACCUAUUUGUUAGCUAUUUAAGUGCUUUACAAACUUUUGAGAUUGUUAAGACCUAUUUGUUAGCUCUUUAAGUGCUUUACAAACUUUUGAGAUUGUUAAGACGUUUGUAUGAAUGUUUAUUAUGAUUAAGAUCUUGCCAUUUUAAAGAAAUAUUUAAUUGUGUAUCAUUUGUAUUAUUGUUCUUUAAAGGGUAAUGUAUAAAACUCAGUCAAGAUACUAGAAUCCAGGGGGCCGUUUCAUAAAAGAUCGUACGACAAUUUUAACUUACGAGAGAAUUUUGUCAUCUUAAUAAGUAGACGAGCUAGCCCGCCAUGCUUGUCAAAUAUAUGCGGCGCUUGAGAUGCCAAUGUAAUUAAUUAAGUACUGAAAAUUUAUAAUCAUAUGAUAUGGACUUAAGCAAUUAUGUAUCUUCAAAAAAUUUAUCGUAUCGUGUAAUGUGUACUACGAUGUUUAUUGAAACGGUCCUCUGAUUUGUUUCAAAAAACCAUUUUGUCAGCAAUAUGAACCAUAGCUUAGUAAAAAUUUCAUUUGUUAUAUUUUGCAAGUUUUUUGUGUGAAAUAAUUGUUAAGUGCUCGAGUUGUCUGAAGUCUUUCACUGACCCAAAGCACCAUUUUAUCUUAAUUUUCACACACACUAUGUUUUGUUUUUAAUUGAAACCGAAUCAUUAAUAAGAAGGUAUUAUUGACUUACUUCAACUUUGUAGCAUGAAAGAUUAUUAGGUGGAGAUCAUUUAAUUAUAUGCAAGUCUUAAAUUGAUGCAACAAUUUUAUUGAACAUGCUUGAAGUAUUAUGUAAAAGAAAUCAAAAUCAUAGCUAAAAUACCUACCAGGUAGUUUCUAUUUCUCUUUAAAUUAUUGCCUUUUUAUUAAUGAAGAUCUUGAACACUCAUUCUUAUGAUUUUUAUAAAAACAUUUUUUUCUUAUAAAAAGGAGUGCUACAUGUAUAAAUUUAGGGGAAUUAAAUUUUUCAAUUUUAGAACAAGUGGAAUAUGUGACAUCUGUGUCCUAUUGAAAUGUCUUUGAUUUCUUAUAAUCUGUAAAACCAAAUACUGUUUUGUAUUUAUUUGUCUAUUUUCUGUUAGUUCAUUCCAAUCUAUCUAAUUAUGCUUUCAUUUCUGCUGUUUCUAUCCUUUUUAUUAGCAAAUAUUGUUUUUGUUAUUAUAUAAUUUAAGUAAGUUUCUGAUCAUUCCUUUUUGUUGUCUUUUUAUAUUUUAAUUAAACUGUGCUUAUGUAAACGAACAAUUUAUAUCCCAGGGAUCGGGAUGGGUGGGGGUAAAUGUCUAAGUCGAUUGAAGAUGAGUCUAGUAUCAUAAUCAGACUAUAAACACAUGCAUUUAACAGUUUAUAUUAAGUCAUCGCAGGACACAAAACAUCAUCAUGAUAAUAAUAUACAAACAAAUUAUAUUCAUACAAAUUAUUCACUGACAAACAUGUGUGGCAAUGCAUUAAACAUGCUUCUAAAACAUCUAUUAGUUUGUUUCAGUUAUUAUAAAUACUGUUAUUUAAUGUUUACCCAUGCAUUAAAAUGAAGCCCAUUUGAAUAUUAAACAAUUGCUGUUAGUUGUCCAACUAACUGUGUUCAUUUCCAAAGCAUUCCUCAUUCCAUAUUAUGUGAACACAUGCUCUUUAGGUCAUUAUCAGUUAUGUAAAUUUGAUACUGAUUUUAUAUAUAUAUAUGCUUCAAGCAUAUAGACUCAGAUUAUUUUGUUUUGAAGCUUGUUGUUUUUUUUAAUAUACUAGUACGGAUCUAACAGUGCUUUUCUGUGAUGUGGUUGUUUGCUUUUAAAUCUUUUGAUUCCUUUAAACAAACGUGUAAUUCAUAUAUAAAUGUGACUUUUUGGUCUUUAAGGAUUUUAACACUUAAUACUUUACAUAACUGAAUAUUGUUAGCCUACAUUGUAGAAAAUCAAGUCGUGCUAUUGUCAGCUCUUUGUUUUCUGCAUAAAGUACUUAGUAAUAAGUGAUCACCUUAAAGUGUAUACCUCGCAGGAGGUAAAUAAAUGACGUUUUUGCAUAAGGCGUGUCCUUUUGUUAGCUUAGAUUUUUUCUAGAAGUCAAUUUGCCUAUAUAUAGAGCAGGUAUUGACUCUAAACUGAAAAUAAUUAAUCAGAGUUAUGAACUUUGUUUGUAAAGUGUAUAAUAUGAGGUUACUCUUAAAAUGAUUUUGUCAGAGUGAUUUCCCUGUCUCAACUUAGACAUAUAUUGCUAUGUCACUUUUUCAAUACAUAACAGGUAUUGACUUUAAAUUGCAUUAAUAAAUGGAACUAUGACAAUGUUUUAUGUAACCUUUUUACAAGACCCUAAAAUACUAAGAAACAAAAGAGAAAAUUGAGAUUCAAGCAACCAUAAAUUAUUCUGUUCUAGUAAUUACAUCAUCUGUCCAUCAUGCUUCUUGUUUAAGUAUCAAUAUCUUUCUAACCAUACUUCAUAUAUUUAUAAUAUUGACACCGGCCUUUAAGAGGAACAGACAAGUUUCGAAUUCCCAAUGAAAGCGUUAGUCAAGGCUCGAUUAAUUUAUAAACAAGUCCAAAACAAGGCACACAAUGUGCAGUUCUAUUAUGGUUUAUACUACUGUCUGUAAUUAUAUUGUCAUGUUACGUGUAUUGUCUAUAAAUAAUCACAAAAAUUACUUCUGGAAAAAUAAGAUAAUACUUAUACAUACAUGUGUGAUAAGUGUCAUUGUACUUGUAAAGUUUUGGAUUAUUAAAACACUACCAAUAUAUCAUAAAACAACAUUUUUUAUUCAUUUUGACAAAUAAAUCUGAUAUAAUAAAUACGUUCAUAUAUAUUUUUAAUAAAUUUGAAAAAAAGGAUACAAUCAGUAUGAUCAUAUAUAUUAUAUAAUAAAUUUGUGUUUUGUCAGAAUGAUUUAAAAUGUUUUAUGGCAUGUUGAUAGUGUUCAUUAAUUUCAUUUGUGUCACAUGGGUGGGGUAAUGGGCCUUGUAAGUGACAAGGUCAUAUGCCCAAAACCUGUGCUUUCGCAUGGUCCUCUGUUUACUCUGUUUUAUUUAUAUUACACUAUGUUACUAAAGUUCUCUUUAUUAAUCAAGGUUGUCCAAUUAUUUUGCACAUUACUUGUCGAGAAUUAGUUACAUAUCGUUAAAAUGUUAUUGAUUUAUGUUAAUUGCUGAUGUAUUUUUGUAUUCAUCAAUUUCAAGAGUGUUACAUCACAUGUUAUAUAAUAAAGUGAAACACUUA